AGUAGUUACCUGUUAGAAUUGUAAUAGUAUCAAUCAGUAAUACAACAUGCAGCUCCUAUCCGCAUUGCUCGUCCUGGGCCUUGCUGCCACGGCCACGUGUUACACUUGUAAGUCCACCGGCAACACCAACGUUACGGCCAAUGGUGAGCAGACCCGGAACGGCCAGUUCCCGCAUCACGUGCUCGUCGUAUCCACCUUCUCCGAGGGCAAGCGCUACUGCAGUGGAGCCUUGGUGAGCCGGAAGCAUGUCCUCACCGUGGCUCAGUGUGUGGAAGGAUCCAGCAAAGUGGAAGUGACCUUGGGUGCCCAGUGCCUGUUGGCCGAUACUUCAGAUAACAAGUUCCGAUACACGUUCACUGCUUUGGAACAUUUCGUCAAGGACGGUUACAAUAGUGAAACGUUCGAAAAUGACGUGGCCGUCGUUAGGUUCGCCGAUGAAAACGUUCGGCUGCCUCCGUGGAUUAAGCCGGUAGCCCUACCAACGGUCGAUGAGCAGUACGUUCACGAUGAGGUGUACACCAGUGGAUACGGUCUGUUGAACUACAAGACCACCAAUGCUGCCGACUAUCUGGAAUUCACCACCUUGAGGGUGCUUAGCUACGACCAGUGCCAGCAGGAGUUCGAGUUUGUUACGCCAGAAACUGGACGAUUCUGUGCCCAGCGUGACGAGGAGGAACCGAACUGUGUUAGUGACGUUGGUAGCCCACUGGUGUUCAAACAAGAGGGUUACAAACAGUACACCUUGCUGGGGCUGACUAGCUUCGGGCAGAAAUUCGCUUGCGAUUUCGGAAAUGCUGGUGCCCUGCAGGAGGUUAGAGCUCAUGUAGAGUGGGUGCAGUCUUUCCUGGAAUAAGAUUCAUCCCUUAAGUAUUUUUAAUACUGAUCGUUAAUAAAUUAUUAAACGACA